UUCAUUACCAGUUAAUCUGAAAUAAAGUGAGAAAUUACGUGUAUUUGAUAUAAGGUUAAUUGAAAAUGUAAAACCAGUGGGGAUAAAUGAAAGCUCUAUUAUAAAAUUUCCUUUAGAAACGAAACAAUGUUGCAUUUUGGUUGUCUGUAGAUUUGCGUCCAGCUGUGAUGAUUGAUUGCAGUGUGUCAGGAAUGGAUGAUGACACACCAGAUGAGGUCUUUGCUGACCUCAGACCGAAGCACCUCGGGGUCUGGGGUGUUGCUCAGAUAGCUGCAGGCACUGGGCUUGCGGUUUAUGCUAUGUGGGUGGGAUUCCUUCAGCCCGGCUUCAGAAAAGUCCCCUUAAGACUUCAGGUCCCUUAUAUACCUGCCAGCAGAGCCCAGGUACAAAAUGUAAUGACAUUGCUGAAAGGACGAAAGGGAGGUCUUGUGGAUUUGGGAUCUGGUGAUGGUCGGAUUGUCUUGGAAGCCCACCAGCAUGGUUUCAGUCCAGCUGUUGGUUAUGAGCUCAACCCAUGGCUUGUCCGGCUUUCUCGCUUCCAUGCGUGGAGAGCAGGUCACCAGGACAAAGUGUCCUACCGACGGGAAGAUCUCUGGAAGGUCGACUUGACAAAAUGCAAGAAUGUGACUGUAUUUUUGGCUCCCAGUGUGCUGUCGCUGUUGCAGAAGAAGCUGCAGGCUGAGCUUCCUGACGACGCCUUGGUGGUCGCUGGUCGUUUUCCCUUACCUGACUGGAAACCCUGCAGGAUUGAGGGACAUGGCGUGGACAGAGCUUGGGCAUAUAGCAUGCAGGCACACAAGCAGCAUGCCGUCAGAAAUGACACUGAACUAACCAAGGAGAAUGAAUCUUCUUGAUACUAUUUGAAUGUUUGGACUUUUUUCCUCCUAAAAUAUAUUUCUGGGAUUAUUUUUAUGUUGAUUUUCCUCUCCUGGAAACAAGGGAAGAGUGUGUGAAAAAAGAAAUUAAUUAAUUAGCAUGAAUAUUUAUAAAUUACUGUCUCAAUAAGGCACUUGUUUAAUAUGUAUUCAAAUGCAUUUGGGAGCAGAUGUUUCUGUUAUCAAGCAAAACACGACACAUUUGUUAUCAAACUCUAUCAACACUGAAAUACCAACCUACUUUUAAGUGUAUUUUUAUUUAUUUUAUCAUCUAUCAUAAAGUUUCCCCAGUGUUACCUACAUGCCACUGAAAUGUCAUUUUCUCUACCAGCAUUAAAGUAUUUUGAUUUUAUCAGUUAUAGUGUUAAUAUAAGUGUACAUGAUGAGUCAACUUCAGAGAAAUGCUUGAACCCCACAAUGCAACAAGGUUUUCACAAGCAGAGAAACUAUUACAGUGUUUACACUUGGAAUGGUUUUCGGAUGAUCGUGAAAAAUGUCUUGCGGGAAAACUCUGCCUCUGUUAGUGACUAUUGUUAGAUCAGGUCUGCUGUAUACAGUCACAGCAAAAAAGGUUUGUCAAUCGUUUCAGAUUUUCUAAUUUUCUGCAUUAAUUUGUUAUAAAAUGUGAAGUAUAGCCAACAUGUUACUCAUGAUUCCACAUAAUUAUAGCAUAACCUUUUAACAAUCACUGUGCUGUUGAAAAGAAAAAAAUAAUUUCUAACCUAAUGACGCAAAAUAAAAACAACUGCUUUGUGGAUUUGUUAACCAAAUACAUAUUUAUGUGGUUCAAUCAAACGUUUUAUGUUUAGCUACAGUUAUAUGUCGAAUGGAUCUCAUUUUAAUUCCAAUAAUGCAGAAAGUCAAAGAAAUUCCGAAGGAUUCACAGAUUUUCUUUUUAUUUUCUCUUGCUAUUGUAUAAAAAAAUGAUAUGUUAACAACAAUGUAGUUAGUCCAUUCUUCAAAUUUUGUGCAAAUAUAUAUUAUCUUUCUUGUUAAUGAAAUCACAACAAAAUACAGUAAUUGUCCACCUAUUAUAGUUCACUGCUCCAGUUUAUUUGUGGAUUCUAUAUGUUAGUCUUUCUUGUACACAUGAAGCCACGUCAAGUCACUGCUUACUUCAGACAAGUGUACAGAAUGUGAGGAAGUGAAACUAUUUUCUGCAUCUUCAUGUAAGCCGGUGUUGUGCCAACGAUAUUGGAUCACUGCAAAUGCCUUGAACAUGCGCUAUGGUAAAAAAAUAAAUACUAUAACAGCCACACACAAAAAAUAAAAUACUAGAAAUACGGUUGGGUCUUCGUCCUGCAGGCAAGGUGACAUUUGGUGGCACGACGUCGCAGAGGAAUGAAUUGAUUGAAUAUUUGUCCCUGCGCCUCUCUGCCUGCCUUUACGCACAGACCAGUAUUAUUGGUCAAACUGGUUGGACGGCCGUGUUCAGUUUGAAAAAAAAAAAAAAUAAAUAAAAACCA